CUGUGAGCAGCACUGUCGGCUUGGGUUGUUGUUUCCUAUCCGCCAUUUUCCAGUCGCCAUUGAAAGGUGAAAACUUCACUAAAUGUCGGUGAUGAUUUUAAGAUUUUGAGUGGUUUCUUUAAUAUUAGAUCCGUUUUUAGUGUUGUGAAAUGAAAAUGAAGUGCCCUGGACUACCAUGACGCAUCAAAAUCACCAAACAAACGGUGCUAGCCUCGAGGAUUGCCACACAAACUUCUUCGCCUUGACGGAGCUGUAUGGCAUAAAAUGGCGUAAGCUGGUAUGGCAGCGAGAGUGCGGCGGGGGCGGGGGCAAAGGAGAGGAGGGCGCGGCGCCGCUAGGCGAUCCCGUGAUCAGCAGCUACGCGCGCUGCCUGGCUGGCGACAUCCUGUGCGUGUGGCGGCGCGUGCCCUCGCAACAGUCGCCCGAUCUGUACGACAUGCCCGUCCCGCCGCCUCUCUCGCUGCGCGCCGCCAAGGAGCUCUGGAUCUUCUGGUACGGCGAGGAGCCCGACCUCAGCGGUCUCGUCGCGCCAGAGCUCAUCGCCAGCCAAGGCGACCACGGCUCAUGGGAGAGUGGACUGUCCUACGAGUGCCGAUCCCUGCUCUUCAAGGCUUUGCAUAACCUCAUCGAAAGAUGCUUGUUAUCGCGAGACUUUGUGAGGCUGGGAAAGUGGUUUGUCCAACCUUACGAUGGCGACGAAGAGGACGUCGGUAAAAGCCCGUGGCAUCUGUCGUUCUCGUUCGCGUUCUUCCUGCACGGCGAGAGCACGGUGUGCGCGUCAGUGGACGUGCGCCAACACCCUCCAGUGCGCACGCUCACCGCCAAGCGGCUGGCUCGCCUCGCGCGACUCGCCGCCGACGACGCGCCACGCGACGCUCGACCUGACACCGCCCAACAUGCCAACGUGAUCUUAGCGCCGUUCGGUCUGGAGGGUCGUGUGACGGGACGCGAGUGGAGCGACGGCGACGCGGCCACCGCGCGACUACUGGACGCCUGGCGACAGCUCUACCCGCUCGAGCACGGCUGCGGCGCAGUAGAGGUGGAGUGCGGCGGCGUGCGCAUGCGCUACCCGCUGCCGUACGCGCUGCUGACGGAGAUGGAGGCGCCGGCCCCCGCGCCCCCGCCCGCCGCCGCCGCGCUCGCCGGCCGCACCCUGCGCGCCCUCACCACGCCGCACCCGCACCAGACGGCGGAACUGUGUUACGGCGAGGCGGUGGGCGACAAGAGCGAGGACUUCGCGGAUCCGACGCGCAAGACGCCCUGCUCCUGCGCAAAGUCGGGCGGUGUCGUGGGGGCGUGCUCGCCGGGCAGCUGCGGCGGCGCCUCGCCCGCGCCCGCUGUCUCCGCGCCCUCCUCCGCCGGCGCCCCGCCCCCCUCGCCACACCUCACCGCGCUGCCCGCGCACCAGACGGGCGGCGCAGUGCCGACGACGCUGCACACGCCGGCGCCCACGCCCGACCCGCACGCCCCGCCCACGCCUGCGCCGCCCUCCGCGCCGCCGCACAAGCCCUACACACAGGGCGACUCGCCAGGGUUCGCGGGUUGCGGGAGCGGCGGCGGAGGUGGUGGCGGGGGCGUGUCCGGGAGCGGCGCGAUACCUGGAGGCGGGGCGGCGGGCGCGGCGCCGGAGCUGGUGCGCCGGCCCGCGCUGCCGCCCGCCGAGCAGCGCCUGGACCCCCUCGAGGAUGAGCACUCGCUGCACAUGCUCUAUGACUACACCACCGUGCACGCAUGGCUGGAGCACCCAGUGAAGCGAUUCAAGACGGAGACGCGGGAGUGGAGCGAGGAGCUGGCGCUGGGCGCGCGCGGCGGCGACCUGUACGCCGGCCACGCCCACACCCCGCCGCCCGCGCCGCACCCCGCGCGCUCCAUGCGCCCGCAGCGCCCCCACCACGCCCACCUCGCACCCCUCGCCGCAGACGUCAAGCAAGAGCGCCUUGACGAGGACAGCAAGGAGUACAAGAACCUGUUCACAUCGGACGGGCUGUGCCCCACGCUCAAGGACCUCGACCAGAUCUUCGACAACUCGGACGACGCGGCCAGCGGUGAUGAAACGGCUGCCGCUGACGCCAAGCCCGCACACGACCACUUGCGCCUUAAUCUUCUCGAGUACAGUGACGGAGGCGCGGCUGCAGCGAGCGCGCUGCGUGAGGCGGCGGUGGGCGGGCCGGCGGCGGGAGCGGGUGCGGGUGCUGUCAGUGGUGGCGGCGCGCAUUGCGCAGUACAUCGUUGGCCGUUUAUCGGCGCGCGCGCCCCGCGCUCCUCCCGUGACGUCGUCAGAUUAAUGCGUCGACUUCGGCCCUUGCUACAAGACGCCAUCCAGAAGCGAUGUUGCGGCGCCCGUAUGUGGGACGGUGUCACCGGUCCCCUUACGUGGCGGCAGUUCCACCGGCUGGCGGGGCGCGGCAACGAGGAUCUGUGUGAGCCACAGCCAGUUCCGCCGCUGCUGGUCGGCCAUGACCGAGAUUGGAUCUCCCUGUCGCCCUAUGCCUUGCGCCACUGGGAGAGGCUUUCAUUAGAGCCCUACUCGUACGCGCGCGACGUCGCCUACGUCGCGCUAGCGCCGGACGGCGAGGCGCUCACCGACCCGCUCCGAGCGUUCUUUCGCGAGCUUUCCACGGCGUAUGAGGCGUGCCGCCUGGGCAGGCAUCAGCCGAUCGCGAGGAUAGCGCGAGACGGCAUCGUGCGAACGGUGGCGGGCGAGCGUUGCGACACCGAUGAGUGGGCCGGCGAGUUGCCGCCGGGCCGGCUCGGCGAGUACAUCAGGGCGUAUGCGGACACGCUGCGAGAGCUCACCUCUCAACUGUCGUCAAUGAACAUCGAACGCGUGCUCUUCGAGGGGGAGAAGGGAAACAAUAUGCGGCCACCGGCGGCGCCCGAGCAGCCGGGCACGCCCGGGGAGCCGGGUGAGGCCGGCGAGGUGCCACCCGGCGGCAGCGCCAGUGCGCCCGUUUGGGAGGAGGACGAGGCGGGCCCGCCGGCGCUAGUGUUGUACCUCGUGGAGCCGCCGGCCGCGCACGCGCACCGAGCGCUCGCCCUUCACGCCUUGUUGAGGCUCGCUGCACAGGCCCAUCACCAUCUGCAACAUCACAAUCCAUACAUUAAGAUUAUUUCACUGGAGGGCGUGUACGAGUGCUGGGCGGGGCGGGGCGCGUGGGGUGCGGGGCGCGGCGGCGGCGCAGAAUUGCGCACGCUGGCAUUCAGCGUGUUCUGCGGCGCGCGCCGGCUGCUUCAGCACCAACCCAACGGCAAGUCGCUCACAGGCUUCGGCACCGCCGCCAACGCAAAUCUCUUCCUCAAUAACAAAGACGAGAAGAACCGCGCAGCGUACCGGCUGUUUACGCCGGCGUGGGUGCUGGCUCCGCCGCGUGCGCUGCGCGAGGUGGCCGAGACGUGGGGUACGGCGUGCGGCGAGCAGUGCUCUGUGCUGUUCGUGGCGUAUUGCCUGUCGCACGACCAGCGCUGGCUGCUGGCCGCGGCCACAGACGCGCGCGGGGAGCUGCUCGACACCGCCGCCAUCAACAUACACGUGCCCGCCAGGUCGCGACGGCGGCGUUCGGCGCCCGCGCGGCGGCUGGGCCUCACCAAGCUGAUGGACUUCACGCUGGGCGUGAUGUCGCAGGCCGCGCAGCCCUGGCGGCUCGUCGUCGGCCGCGUCGGGCGCAUCGGGCACGGCGAGCUCAAAGGUUGGAGCUACCUGCUGUCGCGCAAGAACCUGGUGCGCGCGUCGAGCGUGCUGCGCGAGAUCUGCGGCAGCUGCGCGACGCUGUAUCCGGGCGGCGCGCCCUGCGUGCUGUCCGCCUGCCUCGUGUCCACGGAGCCCGAUCCCUGCCUGCGCCUCAUGGCGGACCGCUUCACGCCCGACGAGCGCUUCUCCCAGGCCUCCAUACAGUCGCACCUGCACACGCCGCGUGACGUCACCGCCACGCACAUACUGGUCUUCCCCACCUCCGCUAAAACACAGUCGAAUCAGAUGCCGUUCGAGCAGCCGAUGGCGAACGGCGAGGACAACGACAUCUUCAUGGGCGUAGACAUGGGAGACGAGGACAUCGGCGAGGACAACAUGGCCGACCUGAUCAUCAACGACAUGUUCACCAACAUGUGGGCGCAGAGCAGCCCGCGCGCCUCGCCGCGUCGCCACGACGACGACGCCGCCGGCAGCCGCGAGGGCAGCCCCGCACGACGCGCGGCCCUCGGGCCCGGCUCCUACCGCCAGGCCGACGACCACCAGCCGGAGCAGGUGGGCACGAUCCUCCAGCAGCCGCUAGCGCUGGGCUACCUGGUUUCGACGGCGCCGCUGGGCGCCAUGCCCGCCUGGUGGUGGGCGGGCUGCGCGCACCUGCGCGACUCCUGCCCCGCCUUUCUCAAGAACGCGCUGCACCUGCAUUCCGGCAGCGCGCAGACCUCCGACGACUUCACAUCUCUGAUGCAGCGCCGCGACAACAACUCGCAUCCCCUCGACUCGCAGACCACUACCGACGUGCUCAGGUACGUGCUGGAGGGGUACAACGCGUUGUCGUGGCUGACGCUGGACGGCAGCACGCACGACCGCCUGUCCUGCCUGCCGCUGCACGUGCAGGCGCUGAUGCAGCUCUACCACACGGCCGCGGCGCUGGGCUAGACCCACUCCGCCGCCACCACCUCACCACCACAUCACCACAUCUUAACUUAUUAGCUAGAUGAAUGAAAAGGUCCGCCUUGCAGUUCAUAUUUUUGUACGACUCCCCGAUAAGAAUAUACCAUUGAAUCGGUUCCGCGAUUAAUAUCGUGACUUCUGGGGAAUUUGAAUAA